AUGGCGGAUUCCCCAGGCUCCCCUCUGUCGUCUAUCGCGUCCGAUGACUUGACCGAGGACAUCAAAUUGGACAAAGAUGGCCAAUCUCCAUCGGCUUCAAGCAUACCACCAUCAAAGAGGCGACGAACCGGUGUUGCUUCCUGGGAUCACCACACUCCUAUUUCAUCCGUGCAGGGCGAUAAUGUCCCAACCUCGCCCUCGAGCCCUAUCUCGUCCGAUACAGACGGCGACAUCCCCAAUUCGCCCUCCCUUCUCGCACUGAUUGGCGGUGGCCAGGAUGAUGACUACAGUGGACAAGGCGGCGAGCAGGUCUCAAUCUGUCGUUGGGAUGGAUGCGAGGCUGGUGAUUUGGGAAAUAUGGACAAUUUGGUCAACCACAUUCACGAAGACCACAUUGGUUCUCGACAGAAAAAGUAUUCCUGUGAAUGGGUCGACUGUAGUCGCAAAGGGCAGACUCAUGCCAGUGGCUAUGCGCUGCGCGCACACAUGCGAAGUCAUACGAGGGAAAAGCCAUUUUACUGCGCGUUGCCAGAAUGCGACCGAAGUUUUACCCGUUCCGAUGCUCUCGCGAAACACAUGCGAACCGUACACGAGACUGAGGCUCUUCGGCCCUCCGAUCCUGUGCCCAAGAAUAGCCUGCUGGGUCAAACCGCGACCCCUGCCAACAAGGUCCAACGGAUCAAGCUGAAGCUCAACCUUGGUAGCAAGGAUGAUACCGAACAUUCUACGAAUGGCGACAGUGCAAGCAAUGUGGAUGUAGAAGAACCUGAAUUGAUCCCAGUUCCGGAAUUUACCCCUGAUCUAGGCUUCGAUCGGCGUGAACUCGACUUGCCUCCAAGUCAGUUGUAUCGGCUUCUUCGCCGCCAGGUUCACUGGGCACAGAUAGAAUCCGAUAAGCUCAAGGAGCAGUGGCAACGAACAUGGAGGCCCAAGCGAGAACAGGCAUGGAGAGAGAAAGAAUCAGUCUUUGAGAAUGUUAUCGAUACCGAAGCACGUUUGUCCGAAGCUCUUACCAACGUACAAAACGAAUAUGCUCUUGCAAACGGACGCCCCGAAAACGUGGUGAACGAAACUGUUUCUACUUAG